GAUCUCUUGGAUCACUAUUAUAUCAUGCCUGCCAAACUACUCGACGAGGAAGGCGACAUCACUCCAGAGUUUGAAGCUGCUCUUAGAGAAAUAUUUAACAAAUAUGCUUUCCCAUUAUCCAAUACCCUCUCCCGUGCGCAAAUCCAGCAGUACUUCCUCGACACAAACGGCGCCGCUUCCCCCGAUUCGGAGAUAGACGAAAUUAUGGAAUUCAUGGACGUCGAUGAGAACACUGGGGAUCUUACUUUUGGUGGAUUUAUGCAGAUCUAUCAGCUGCAGACGGAAAAUGAUGAGGCGGAAACGUGGAAAGACUUGGAAAAGCACGGGUAUGACAGAGAUCUCGAGAAAAAUUAACGACCCUUGGACGUGUAUCGCGCGUUGUCAUAUAAAUAGUAUCAGGCUGCUGUUGUUGUGAUGGGAAAUUUCCUAAUUUCAAGGCCUUUGACAUGGGUCGAGAAUGGUCACGCCCGUCCUCAUGCCAGCACGAACUUCAAAUCUGAGUGAUCUGAAGUGACAGACUUGAGACCUGAUUAAUAGGCACAGUCCGACAAUUUCACCUCGUAGAAUUCUAGGAAACACAGGGCUCUUUCAAAUAUUCAGCCUCUCGCUAUCCCGUCCGAUCCCGAAUUUGCGCACUAUAACACAAAGCGAG